AUGGCGAUGGUCGAGAACUUGGACAAGUUCUCGAAGGCUCUGGGUGCUGGAUCCUUGAUCGAGGUGCUGCCCCAGUGGGCGAGGCAUCUGGUCCUGCUACUUCCGUUCACGAGGAGCGUCGCUCUCCGGAGAUUUGUUCAAAACUUAAUUGAACUCGGGAGCCAAUACGUCACGGAUCACGAAGACGCAAAGGAGAGCCACCCCGCAAAUGAGGAUUUCGUUGGCGCUUACUUGAAGAGGUCGGAAGAACAGCAAAAUCGCUCCGAAUCCAAUCUCAACAAAAACUACCUGAUCGGCAACGCGGUCAGCCUGUACAUGGCGGUGUCCCACUCGGUGCCGUCCUUUGUGCACUGGCACAUGCUCAACUGCGCACAGAGCAAGGACACGGUGCAGGCCGGGAUCCAUGAGGAGAUCGACAGGGUCAUAGGCCGAGACCGACCACCCGCGUGGGAAGACCGACUGGCCAUGCCGUACACCAUGGCUGUCCUCUGGGAGAUGUACCGCUGCAAACCCAACUCUACCCUGCCGCGAAGCGUCGGGGAAGACAUCCUUCUCAACGACUAUAUCAUACCCAAGGGAACCGUAGUAAUGCCCAACUUUUGGGCUGUGCUCAUGAACGAUUCUCUCUGGGAGAACCCCGGCAAGUUUGACCCGUCGAGGUUCCUCAGCGAGGACGGAUCCAGACUCCUGGACAGGCCGGAACACCUGAUCUCCUUCUCAUUAGGAAGACGCAUGUGUCCUGGGGAACCACUGGCCACGAUGGAGAUCUUCAUGUACCUGACGACGCUGCUGCAAAAGUUUGUAGUGCUUGCCGAGGAGGGACGCCCAUUAAGCAUUGACUUCAAAAAUGCCACCAUGGAUGACUAUGUGGAACAAAAGCUGCGCUUUGUUUUGCGAUAACUGCCAAUGGUGACCGAUUAAGGCGGUUGAAAUCGAUGGAGACAAUGGAAGCCUUCAGCGCAACAGUAAGAAGGGUAAUUUAAGGUGCUUCAGUAAGAACCUUCGAUAU